UUAAGCUCAACCAGCCAAUCACAUAAAAAGCAUGCAAUACGGAGCCAUCUGCGAGGGCGCGGGCAUUCGAUCGACAACCUUCCUCCCAACCCCCCCCUCCCCCAAAACCAAAAACCCCCGCCAUUUUCUCUCUCUCUCUCUCUGUCACUGUGUGAUCGCCGAGAUCGCGUGGGGAAAAUUCCGCUAUGAUUUCGAAGUUCAGUAUGAAUUCGGACGUAACGAUGGGAUUGGUGCUGUCAUGCAUCUGCAGAUGGGCUACCGGCACUUCGACACCGCCAAGAUAUACGGCUCUGAGGCGGCGGUCGGGAAAGCUCUGACGACGGCGAUGGAGGAGGAGGGCGAUACGAUCGUGAGAGAAGACGUCUUUCUCACUUCUAAGCUCUGGAGCAGUGACCACCACGAUCCCGUCUCCGCCCUCAAAAAAUCUCUACAGACCUUGGGCAUGGAGUAUGUGGACAUGUACCUGGUGCACUGGCCUGUCAAGUUUAAGCCAUGGGCGAUAGGAGCCAUUCCAAAGGAAGAUGAAUUUGAACCGAAACUGGAAAUGGAGGAGACGUGGGCCGGGAUGGAGAGGUGCUUGGAUAUGGGGCUGUGUAGGUGCAUUGGUGUUAGCAAUUUCUCCAGCAAGAAGAUUUUGGAUCUCUUGGAUUUCGCUUCUGCCUAUCCCGCGGCAAAUCAGGUGGAAAUGCAUCCUAUGUGGAGGCAAAGGAAGCUGAGAGAAGUUUGUGCUGAGAAUGAGAUUCAUGUUAGUGCCUACUCGCCGCUUGGGGCACCGGGCAAUUUAUGGGGAUCUACUGCUGUCGUUGACGAUCCCAUCAUCCAGUCCAUUGCCUUCAAACACAGGGCUUCUCCAGCUCAGGUUGCUUUGCAAUGGGGAAUAUCGAAAGGCGUAAGCGUGAUUGCGAAGAGUUUCAACAAGAACAGGAUGAGGGAGAACAUGGGUGCUCUUGAUCUGGAGCUGGACUGUCGAGAUCUCCUCGAGAUCGAUAAACUAGAGGAGAGGAAGAUGAUGAGAGGAGAGUUCCUUGUGAAUGAAACAAGCAGCCCCUACCGGACAAUUCAAGAUUUAUGGGAUGGUGAAAUAUGAUGAUGGAAUUUAAGUGAAUCCCGAAAGAUUUAAUAAGGUGCACUUGCAAUUAAGGAAAGGCCACAGAUUUGAUAAGGUGCGGUCUUGGAUCUGGGGCUAAGCUAUCCAACAUGUGUUAGAUAUUCUGCCCACCUAAAAAAAAAAAAAGUGUUUCAUUGUUCUUGUCCACGAUCUUAAGAGUAAAGAAACAUGCACGACGCACGCAUGCAUAUAUAUCCUGUAGAUUUUCAGUGCUUGUUCAUGGUCCGUUUCACAUAUAUAAAUUAGCCUAAGCGUGGAUGUAGUUUGGUAUGGGAAUCAGAUUUGGAAUUCCUAGGUCCAUUGAAUUACCAUGUUUGGCUGAAGCAAAUUACAAGUAA